AUGGAGGUGUUCGAAUCGCCAACGGUUUCCAAGGUCGGCGUUGGCGUUCGAUUGCGUUCGCUCCUUGGUCGGUACAUCAAAAGGAGGUUUCAUUUGGUCUGGACAGGAUAUCUUGCGUUUCUAGUAUUUAGUCGUUUGUCUGCAUUCGAUGAGGGGAGACUCGUCCCUCGACAUUAGCACCGAAUUUCCGACUGGUCCAACUCAAAACUAAAUUUAGGUGUAGGCGACGGGUAGGAAAGUCCUACAGCAUAUCCAAUGGAAAUAUGUUCUGAGAUCUUC